CUGCAAUCACCUUCCCGUACAGGGCUGAGUCAUAGAUAAACACAACACGUAGCCCUCCACACACCCACAUCAGCGUGACCCAGUGUGAUUCAGGUGUGUAUAUAACGAGCAGGGUAACCUCCUAUCAUCACUGCAUCAUCCGCUGAUACCUGAACACUCUGCAUUUACCUGACAGAACAAUCUGCUGAUCAUCACCAUGAAGACUGUGCUGGUCCUGUCUAUUCUUCUCUCUGUUGCAUUUUCAGCUCCAGCUGAAGUUGAAGAAAAGGCCCCAAAAGUAGCAGUGGAGGCUCCAAAAGAACAGGGGGCUGCUGCACCAGAGGCGGAGGAAAAGAUGACACCGAAAGAUGAAGAAGUAUUUGAGCCAGAAGAUUCUGUCCCUGUUCCCAGAAACGCUCGUUUUAACUUCUGCCCAGACGGCUGGUUCAGCCAUGGCUCUCGCUGCUUUAUGUUCGUCAAUUCUCCUUUGUCCUGGUACAGUGCUGAGGAGCACUGCAACAGCAUGGGUGCCAAUCUUGCCUCAGUUACCAACCCCAGAGAGUACAGCUUCCUCCAGCAAAUAACAAAGACAGCCGGUCAGAGCAUCGCAUGGCUGGGAGGAUUCAACCUGCAGGGCCGUUGGAUGUGGAUUGACCGUGAAGGUUUCUAUUACACCAACUGGUACUCGCAAUCCUCAUCCAGCAGCUACCCCUGCGUCUACCUACGCACCACCAAUGGAUGGGGUAACACCCAGUGUGGCUCCGCUUAUCGCUUCAUCUGCUCCAAGGACCCUUUCAGCUGUUAACAAACCAAACAUCUGGAGCCUUGGGAUGGAUCUUUUUCUGUUUAAAGAGCAAUUUGAACAAACUUUGCUGUGUCUUAAUGAAGUGUUGUUUUCCAUUGUGUGUCCUUGAAAA